GAUGUCAGCGGCUGUGUGGCGUCGGUGCGCCUCCCUCGUACUCACGCAUGGAAACGCGCACCCACUCGGGAAUCCAGACGCUUAUUUACACGCUCGGCCCGUCCUCUCCAGCCUCCGGGGCGGCCCCUGCCCCUGCCCCGCCCCGUUUUGGUGCGGCGCUUGCUGGUGCUCCAGACUCCAGCGCAGAGAGGUUGGGCUUACGGGCGCAGCAACUCCAGAGGUCGAGCUGGGCUGAGACUGAGCGCCGGCGCAGGCCGGCGGGGACGCGGCCGAGGCCAUGCUGGGCAAAGAUUACAUGUUGGCCAUCAUUCUGGUCAACUGCGAUGAUGACUUGUGGGGGGACCAGAAUCUGGAGGGUGAGCCAGGCCUUCCCCCUGGCUGGAGGAAGAUCCGAGAUGCUGCAGGUACUUACUAUUGGCACGUACCUAGCGGUAGCACCCAGUGGCAGCGCCCAACCUGGGAGCCAGGAGAUGCAGAGGACCCAGGCACGAGCACAGAGAGGAUUUGGGGACUUCGGCCCCCCAAGGGGAGAUCCUUCUCCAGUCUGGAGAGCUCACUGGAUCGGAGUAACUCUCUGUCCUGGCUUGGUGAGGAAUCCUACAUCCAGAGCAUGGAGCCAGGGGCUAAGUGCUUUGCGGUCCGCUCGCUGGGCUGGGUAGAGGUACCUGAAGAGGACCUGGUACCAGGCAAGAGCAGUAUUGCAGUGAAUAACUGCAUCCAGCAGCUGGCUCAGACCCGCACUCAAAGCCGGCCCCAAGAAGGUGCCUGGGGUGAGGGCCAGAACAUGCUCAUGGUCUUGAAGAAGGAUGCCAUGAGCCUGGUGAAUCCCCUGGACCACAGUCUGAUCCAUUGCCAGCCUCUGGUGCACAUCCGUGUAUGGGGUGUGGGCAGCUCCAAGGGCCGUGACAGGGACUUCGCUUUUGUGGCGGGUGACAAAGACAGCUGUAUGCUCAAGUGCCAUGUGUUUCGCUGUGACGUCCCUGCCAAGGCCAUUGCCAGUGCCCUACACGGGCUCUGUGCUCAGAUCUUGUCAGAGCGAGUGGGAGUGAGUAGUGAUUCCCCUUGCUGCUCCUUAGAUCCCAUCUCCCCUGAAGACCUGCCACGGCAAGUGGAGCUGCUGGAUGCGGUGAGCCAGGCUGCGCAGAAGUAUGAGGCGCUGUACAUGGGGAGCCUGCCGGUCAUGAAAGCCAUGGGUAUGGAUGUGCUGAACGAGGCUAUUGGUACCCUCACCAUCCGGGGGAACCGGGAGGUCUGGGUGCCCACCAUGCUCAGUGUGUCUGACUCUCUCAUGACCGCGCAUCCCAUUCAGGCAGAAGCUGGUGCAGAGGAGGAGCCACUGUGGCAGUGUCCUGUGCGCCUCGUGACCUUUAUUGGUGUUGGCCGUGACCCACACACCUUUGGCCUCAUUGCCGACCUGGGCCGGCAGAGCUUCCAGUGUGCUGCCUUCUGGUGCCAGCCCCAUGCUGGGAGACUCUCUGAAGCUGUGCAGGCUGCUUGCAUGGUUCAAUACCAGAAGUGUCUUGUGGCCUCUGCAACUCGAGGCAAGGCCUGGGGUGCUCAGGCUCGUGCCCGCCUGCGACUCAAGCGGACCAGUUCUGUGGACUCUCCAGGAGGUCCCCUGCCUCUCCCUCUGCUCAAAGGAGGAGUUGGCGGUGCAGGGGCAGCCCCUCGAAAGCGGAGUGUCUUCUCUUUUCUCGAUGCCUUCCGGCUGAAACCCUCUUUGCUCCAUAUGCCCUAAAUUGUUCCAGAAGGACUGGGGAAAGAGGCUCUGGGUCCAUGUGCAACUCUACACUUUCCUUCUCCAAGGGCCUGUAGCCACUUCCCCCUUGGAGCCUUCUCUGCCUGCCCCUCAGACCCUUGCCCAACCUCUAUUUAUUGCCCAAUUUAUUGUUUAUGUGGGCGACUAAGAGGCCCAACAUCACAACUAGGCCCCUGGCUUUCCUUCUCCUGGAUCCCUGUGUUCCUUGCCCCUGUCUGGUUCUGGACAGUUGGCUCUACCUCAGCAACACUUUAUAGCAAAAUCAGUACAAAUAAAAAUUCCUCAGUGACCUCA